GAUGUGUGUCCCAAUUCAUUUUGCGUCUACAUAGUGUCAGAUAAGUCUAUGUUUAUAUAAAUCGCAAAGGUUCAGUUUACAGCGUUAAAUAUGGCGCUGUUUAGUUACACACAGGUAGUACCGUUAGUUUGUACAAUUUUUCUCCAUAACGUGAUCUGUCACGACGUAGAAAACUGCAGAUAUGUUACUAUACCAGUUUGCGGUGACCAAGAAGUGUCCACUACCUUGGUCAGAGAAAAUCAGGGACAAUACAGAAGAGAGGCGGGGCCACCUGGGAAGAGCGGUCCUAAGGGCAGCGAUGGCCAGAAGGGUCAAAAAGGAGACAGGGGCGUGCCGGGGAUUCGAGGUGCAAAUGCCGAUCCGCAAGUUGCAGAACGUACCAUUGACAUGAAAGUACAAGAAUUACGGACAAGUAUGGUAUCAAUGAGCGGAGUUGAUUUUUGCAAGGAAUCUACUGUAGCUGGAAUACAUUUAGUCCACGGGAAAGAGUUUGUGUGCGAUGGUGAAGGUUGGACGAUUAUUCAACAUCGUCGAGAUGGAUCAGUUAAUUUUGAAAGAAAUUGGAACGAAUACAAGGACGGAUUUGGCAGCUUGGAUGGGGAGUUUUGGUUCGGACUUCACACAAUUCAUAAAGUGAUGAGAGGUAGAGACUGUCAACUACGAAUUAAAUUGGAAUCGUUUGAACGUGAACAAGCUUAUGCUGAGUACAGCACAUUCGUAAUUGAUGACGAGGAAAAGAAAUAUCGACUAUCAAUUUCAGGAUACAAUGGAACUGCUGGCGACAGUAUGUCGUUUCAUGAUGGAAUGAUGUUUACAACAAAAGAUCGUGACAACGAUAGUCAUACACGUAGAAGUGGAUCAAAUUGUGCCGGUACGCAUGGUGGAUGGUGGUUCAAAAACUGUUUUCGUGCUUCACCUAACGCUGUAUGGGGAAGAUCUACUGGGACAUGGUCCAGGAUUAUUUGGUAUACAUGGAAGGGAGAUUCCACGGCUUUGGACCACACAACGAUGAAAAUUCGUUGCAAAGAACAUUAAAAUUGAUUUCAUCUGUCGUCGUUUAUCAGUAUCUUGGAUUUGAUCUUCUAUCAACAUUGAGAAUGUGAUAUAUAUAUGAAUCAUGUCGUUGCAUAUCACCACCCAAAUUACUAACAUUUCCUUUAUAUAUAUAUCUCAUUUUUGGAGGAAAAAAGUUGCGAGAGUUCAGAAGAAUACAGUCCUCUAUUACAUAUAUAUAUAUAUAUAUAUAUAUAUAUAUGAAAAAGGCACAACUAUGCAACGUUUCGUUGGCAGGAAAGAGUUUGCAUAGCGGACAACAAACGUAAACUAAAAUCGUAUUUGAUAUUUUUUUCCGAUUUUGGACUAGUAGGUUUAGUACGCUUGUGGAUCCACUUUGUUUCCAAUAUUACAAUUACGUCACGGAAACAAUCAGAUUUGAAGAAGUAAUCAUUCAAUUACUUUAUUGGCCCGGAUUGGAACAGUUGUUAUUGGGAAAAAUUACUCCGCCAGCUUCAUUUGUCAUAGUUUAACUAAAUCAUUGCAACUAUAUAGAUGCAUAUUGAGAAAAACGAUCAUCGGAUCUUGAAAAAGAACCGUGAGCAAUUUUGCCCCAUAUUGUCGUGAAAUCAAGUGAAUUCUUUGAUUAAGUAACGGAUGUUUUCUAACCUCGAAUUAAAAUUUUAAAAUGCUAUCUCUAGACUGAAGAACAACAUGUAUUGAGAAUUUCUAUAUAUACCAUGCACUAAAAUGAAUGUCUCCCUGAGUUAAUUUGGAUUCGCAUGUACCAUGUAAUUACCUCGCACGUUAAUUACAUUUGGAAAUAAGUGUUGAAAUUUUUUUUACCAAUAAGAUACUUCCAACCGACUUCCACCAAUCUGACGAUACUCUCAUUCACCUCUUUUUUGACCAAAUUGCAGAGUUUGUCACUUAUUUCAGUUUCUAUGUUAAGUACAGAUGAGAAUGUCUCACCAGCGAAAUUUGACGUCACAUGGACCAAAUAAAUGGAUCAGUAAAAUUGACUUCACUUGAACAAUAAAUAGCCUAUUCGUCAUUGUAAACACGUUGAUGUAAAUUGAAGUCAGGCUCUUUGAUGUAGUCGUCAGGUCUUUGCAUCAAUAAAUUUGAGAAUUAUUCUUUUAUUCAUUUAAUAAAAUAC